AUGGCCUUCCCACGUCUACAGAAGUUGGUCGACAAUGCAGCUGCACAGCUCGACGAAGAGCUGCUAGCUGGACUGCCGUUCACGGUCAAACCUCCAUCUCCAAGGCGACUUCUGAAGCUGAUCGUGGAUCACGCUACCGAUCUGAACUUCCACGCCUGGGAAUAUCAACAUUGCGCAGCUGCGGAGAUGUUCUUUGGAGAUUACACUGAGGCGCUUGUUGCCGGCGGACACAUGUGCGACCUUUCGCACAUCCACCCUACCGAGCUUCAAUUCGCCGCCAUGGAGCGAUACAACCCAGCUUUGACUUCCUAUCUGAAGCGAAGUGUGCCCGAUAUAUUCCGGGGUACGAGACCCCAAUGCGGCGUGUCAGUCAGGCUCGACACCUUUGAGCUGAUCGAGCUGAUCCGCGACAUGAAUGAAGAACAGCUUUCCUUCUUCUUGGAAACGGAUGAGCGAGCUGCGCCUCUGGUCACGAAGCUCCUCGACAUCAAGGACAAGGAUCAGGCCGAGUUCGCGAGCUUACAGCGAACACAUGCCGCAUUUCUCAAGCAGUAUCAGGAAGCUCAAGCUGAGUUUUUGUUCGAGCUCCACGAGACAGUUCUUCAGCUUGAGAAGAACCGAGCUCUGCAUCCCCAGGUCGAGCAGCUAACUCUUGGGCUGGAGUUGGAGAGGGAGGCAAAGCUUAGAUUCAAGGAAGCUGCCGAGGGGCAUGUGGAGCUUUCCGCAAGUCGACGUGCUGCGCUUAGUAGCGCGUGUGCGCAAGAGAGAAUGCGCGGCGAGCUCCAGGCCAAGCUUGACCUUUCGAUCGAGGCUGCCGCCAUCUCCCAGGCUGUGCAAGAAGUCGCUGCAGGUCACCGACGAGCCUACUUCUGGCAGGGCUUCCUCCGCGGAGCCAAGUGGAACAAUAAGCUGCAACCGCUUCGGCGGCUUGUUGGAGAACCAAGCUCAGCUGCUUCUGCCACGACCUCUCGGCCUCCCGCGCCACUCUCCGACAAGCUUACACGUGCCGAAGCUUUCCACGAAGCUGUGGUCCUGCUCUCCUCGCCCCCUUCGGAGGAAACCAAGCUUAAACUACGGGAGCGAGCUGCUCAGCUUUGGGAGCUUGUGCGCAAGACCGACGGCAAAGCUGCGAACUUGCCAGGUCGCUUCGAGGACAACAAUAAGGCGGGAAUGCCAUAUCGGCUAGCUGCACCUGCCGAGCUUAAGGCAGAGCAUCCUUCCAAGGUCUACUUCGACCACUUCUGGUCUCACGCUCGCUCUGGGCCCCCAGCCCCUCCAGCUGAGGCCGAAGACUGGCCCCAUGGAGACGGCAUUCCCGAUGACGAUGUCAAAUCCGCCAUAGCCGCCAUCACGCACGCCAGACAGUUCUGGGAUAAAUAUGAAGACCUCGCUAGCAGGAAAGCCAAGCAGAGAGAGAAAUUCUAUACCUCACUUGACGGUCACAUCGCGCGACUAGAGGAUGUCUGGGAAGCGGUAGCUUCAUACAACACGGGAAAUUUCUCUUACACGUCGCGAGCUACCACAAUGGACACCAUACUGCGGGAUCCCGAAACCCCUAGCUUGUGGGAAGAGCUAAUCGCCGAACAAGAGGCAAAAGACGACGAAAAGCUUCGUCAAAUCGCGCUGACGGGUGUACAAGUCGGUUAUCUGACCAAAAAGCACGGCAAGAAAGAGAAGGCAUCGGAUGGACCUGACGUUCGGAAGCCGGUGUAUGUCUCCUGGUCAAAGGAUCAGAAGCCGCUAUAUCGGACGUACACGGGGAUGCUAGUUCGCCAGCCAGACAUGGUAUGGCUGCCGAACGCGACAGUCUUUGCAGCUGAGAAGGAAGCCAAGAUCCGAUGGCGCGAUGUCAGGGGCGUAUUGACCCUGUACGAGACAAAGCAGCUGAACAAGACGGAGCCUGCAUGGUUCUUAUUGAACCAUGCAGUUAGAGACGUCGCUAUCGGAUACAAGAAGAAGCUUUGCCGGAACACGACACCGCAGCUACCAACCAGUCCUGGAGAUCGGGUCGACGCCAAUGAGCUUUGGGCAGCUAAGCUGGCGUCUUUACGGAAGCUUACCCCCAAAGCAAUCAGCGCGACAGUCGCAUACGCAGCGGCAUAUUUGGAGCACUACCGAGAGAAUGAGCCUAAUCUGAAGACCAUGCGCGACUGCGAAGUUGACAAAUUCAUAGUCCAGUUCUUGGAUGCAAGAGUACUGCGACCGGAAGCUGGUACGGACGAUGAUUUGAAGCUCAAGCCAUGCAAGUCUCCCAGGGAUGUCAGUCAUUUUGUAUCCUAUUGGGAUUACGAGGGGAAAGGAUGUCGUGCUUUGGGUGUCAGGAAGGAGGCUGUUACAACACUUCGAUCCUCCCCAUGGCCAGAUUUACAGAGGUUGCCGCCCAGGAACAACAACCAACAAGCUGUUCUCAACACCUCGCUACACGUUCCAAAGCCUCCGAAGCCCGAGAAAUUUGACAUCGUCGAACUACCUUUACCUCCAGUUUCUCCAAGCCAAGACCCUGGCGCAUGUCCUAAUCAAACCGGGUGCAUCGCGAGAGAGCUUACCGAGAAGUUUCAAGCUGGAGACUUCACUCCGGACGGCCGGAAUGUUAUCGUCACGGUAACAUUCGUUGGAGCUCCCGCGGCUCCCGACCCGGCGAGCAUCUACGAUGGGGUCCAGCUCAUCCUCAUCAAAGUUGAUAGCUCAACCUUCAGCAAUGGCGAUGCAUGGAAGUGCCUAACGUGUGGGGUACCGACUGAGAACGCAAGAGAACUGGAUCCACAACGGGACUAUCCCCAUGUCUUCAGAAGUGGCGACAAAGCAAUCUGGGGCCACAACAUCCUCGACUGCAACGGGGAGCAGAUGGCUAGCGACGAAUGUACGCCUGACAAAACCCACAUAUAUCCAAUUCACUGGUCGGGUGGCAGUCCGCGUGAGCUGCGUGUGCAUCCCGACGAUGUCCAUAUUGGUUGGAGCUCGUUCACCAACGACGCUGGGCAAUAUUCCUACUUCGGGCGCCUGGAGUUCAAUGCGAAGCCCUCAGGUUCGGGCCCUGGUGCGCCUCGGUAUGAACUGGUCGAUGUCGACUUGCUCGUGGAUCCAAAGCGCGGAGCUUUCAUAACGGCUGAUGGUGAGGAGCUGAAGCUUCACUCCGAGUCAAUCAUAAUUGGCGAACUGCGGGGUUUCAGUGGUUCAGGCGAUGAAAUACUCUAUAUCGGUGCGCCGACCGAGUCGACAAAUAUCGAUCUAUAUGCGGUUCACAUCGAGACUGGGGUUGUUCGCCGUCUGACCAGUCACCCUGAUUACGCUGAUCCUAUUGCCUUCUCUGCCGAUAACCAGUGGUUCGUCACUCAGGAUACGCGUGCCAGCAAACGCCAAAUGUGGAUGUCCGGUAUGCGAGGUAUUCCGCCUCUCAUCGACAUUGUUGCCGUUGCUGUGGCCGCAUCUACACGCAACAAUGGUCCACGUCGCUUCUUCCAACCAAUCUUGAUAGAUCGUUAUGGGGAUCGUGAGUCGUACUACGGGCAGCAGGUCAACGGAGAAGGCGAUGGUAGCGAAGCAGGCUUUGACGAUCCGAACUGGAACGGCCGAGCGGACCCGGCUUUCUCUUUGGACAGCACGCGGAUUGUGUACUGGCAGGCCAUCGUUACAUCCCCAGCUUGUGGUGGCACCAAUCCGCUGCAGUGUCCAAUCUCCACUGCGCCAGGUGGGCGUGAGUAUCGUGUCAUGCUCGCUCACAUGGUCGAUCGUAAGCCUGCGCGUCCAGUCCCAGUUUAUAAUGUGCCUAGUCGCAUACCGUGGGCGAUGCCGUUCCCAUCAGGAGCUAAAAUCCCUUCGCGACCCACACUAAAGCCAGGCAACUAUACACUCCAUGGCAAGAUCUCUGGGUUUGCCAAAGUGAAUCUCAUCGGAGACACGGCACAUUCACAGGCAGACUCCAUCAAGCGUGUCGCCGCCAACUACACCAACUUCUGCAAUGACGGCGAGCACGUCAUCAACGGCUGGGAGGACGUUGAGCUGACGGUUUCGACUCCGAAUGUGUGGGACCAGAAGCUUGAUUGGUACUCUGACAUCUCGCAGACGGGAGCUGCGACUGGAAGCAAGAAGACUGGCCCAGACGGGUUCCAUUUAAGGAUCGAUGUAAUGAAGAACAUACUCGAAGCAAACGGAACGUUGACCACGACGAUCGACGGCGUGGAGUAUCACCAACCGGCCAACGGUACCUAG